CGAGAACCAAUCGGAUGGCAGGAGCGAAGAUGGCGGAAUCGGAGUUGAGCGUCAGGAGCUGUCGAGAAUUGUGGACUAUACUGCUGGGAAGAUCUGCAUUACGAGAACCGGCUCAGAUAGAGGCAGAGCUCGACAGACACUGGGACAGACUACAUCAAGGACUCAGUUACUAUAAGUCACCAAGCUCCUCUUCUGCAGGGAAGGUGAAGGAAAACAAAGAUGUUGCACAACCAUUAAAGGAUUUUGGUCUUAGGAUCAGCAAGCUACUGGGUCUUGAUGAACAACAAAGUGUGCAGCUUUUACAAUGCUACCUACAGGAGGACUAUAGAGGGACCCGGGAUUCAUUAAAGGUUGUUCUUAAGGAUGAACGACAGAGCCAGGCACUAAUGCUGAAGAUAGCUGACUAUUACUAUGAGGAGCGCAUGUGUCUGCUCAGAUGUGUCCUCCUGUUACUGACAUACUUUCAGGAUGAGCGACAUCCCUACAGGGCCGAGUACUGUAAUUGUGUCACUAAACUUGAGAAGGACUUGGUGACCAACUACCAGUCACAGUUUAAGAACCUCUUCAAAGCAGAAGCACCAACAUGGGAAACCCACGGAAACCUCAUGACAGAAAGGCAGGUGUCUCGAUGGUUCCUUCAGUGUUUAAGAGAACAGUCUCUGCUGCUGGAGAUCAUCUUCCUCUAUUACGCUUACUUUGAAAUGAGUCCAUCUGACCUGCUGAGCUUCACAAACAUGUUUAAGGAACAAGGCUUUGGUUUGCGUCAGACUAACAGACAUCUGGUGGACAAAAGUAUGGACGCACUGGUGGAUCGUAUUGGACACUUGAGCUCUCUUAUCCUGGUUGAGGGAAUGGACAUAGACUUCCUUCACAAGUGUGCUUUGGAAGACUGUACAGAGCAGCAUCAGUUCUCCACUGCUCCUGAUGUCAUUAAGGAGAUGGAUCAGCUGCUGCAGACAUUUGGUGACAUUCCUCAUCAAGGCCCAGUUCUGCUGGCCUGGGUCCUACUGAGACACACGCUGAGACCAGACGAAUCCAGCCCUGUGAUCAGAAGGAUAGGGAACACAGCCCUGCAGCUGGGGGUCUUUAAGUACCUUUCAACUAUGCUAAAAGCACUCGGAGCCUCUGGGAACAAUUGUACAGCAAGCACAGCAAAAAUGUGUAUCUACGGCCUCCUGUCAUUUGUGAUCACUUCUUUUGAAGAGGAAAGCCUACAGACUGAUGGAGUAGCGACACAGUGCUCCCACCUGAUUGAUGCUGCCUGUGAGGUCCUCUCUGCUCCCAGUCUGGCUGAAAUCUUUUGGGAAAUGAAGCCUAAUAUGGGUUUAGGAAUGAUUUUGGACAGCGCAGUCGGGAUGUUUCCUCAUAAGAUCGGACCACUGUUACAACUUCUAACUGCCCUUCUGUCAAACAAGUCCACCGUUAAAAAGGUUUACAACUUUUUGGAUAAGAUGUCCUUCUACACACAAGUUUACAAGCACAAGCCCAAUGAUAUCAUCUCCAAGGAUGAUGAGACACUGUGGAGGAGACAGACGCCAAAACUCCUCUAUCCACUUGGUACAGGGCAGACUAACCUGUGGAUACCACAGGGCGUGCUGGGUCAGGUGAUGAUUGGAGGAGAGCAGGGGUAUGUGGUGCGCUGGGAUUAUUCCUACAGCUCCUGGACUCUCUUCACCUGUGAGGUGGAGAUGCUGCUACAUGUUGUUUCAACUGCAGAUGUUCUUGCUCACUGUGCUCGUGUGAAACCCAUCUUGGACCUGGUCCAUAAGAUUAUUAGCACAGAUUGGACUGUGUCAGACUGUCUACUGCCCCUCACUUCACGCAUCUACAUGUUGCUGCAGAGGCUAACGUCAGUCAUCAACCCUCCAGUGGACGUGAUCGCCUCCUGUGUGAAUUGCCUCUCUGUACUUGCUGCAAGGAUGCCUGGAAAGGUGUGGUCCAGUCUCCACCACACAGGUUUCCUGCCUUUUGCCUCAAACCCUCUGACCUCCAUGGCUCAGUGUAUAAGUGCUGAGGGGAUGAAGGCAGGUAACUAUGGCAACCUGUUGGUCCAGAUUGAGCAGCCCAGAGGGGAAUAUGCUGUGACCAUCGCCUUCCUCCGUCUCAUCACCACCCUGGUUAAGGGUCAACUGGGCAGUACUCAGAACAAAGGCCUGAUCCCCUGUGUGCUGCUGGUGUUGAAGGAGAUGCUGCCCACUUACCACAAGUGGCGUUAUAACACCUAUGGAGUCAGGGAGCGGAUAGGUUGUCUUAUUUUGGAGCUGAUUCAUGCCAUUCUCAAUCUGAGCCCAGAGGGAGAGGAUCAGGGCAGCACUCCCACCCUGCAGUCUCUGUGUAUCUACAGUCUGGCAAACACUGAGGCUGGACAGGCAGUCGUUAAUAUCAUGGGAGUUGGAGUGGACACCAUCGAUGUGGUUCUGGCUGCACAACCGACCAGCGGCGGCUCAGAGGGUCCAGGCCAGAUCUUGAUUCAGACCGUCAAACUGGCUUUCUCUGUCACUAACAACGUGAUCCGUCUGAAACCACCUUCUGAUGUCGUCUCCCCCCUAGAGCAGGCUCUCACGCAGCACGGUGGCCAUGGCAACAACCUCAUAGUUGUCCUGGCCAAAUAUAUUUAUCACAAACAUGACCCAGCACUGCCUCGUCUUGCAAUCCAGCUACUCAAAAGGCUCGCCACGGUGGCUCCCAUGUCAGUUUACGCCUGCCUCGGGAGUGACGCAGCAGCAAUUCGGGAUGCAUUCCUCACUCGGCUGCAGAGCAAGACGGAGGACAUGAGGAUUAAAGUCAUGAUCCUGGAGUUUCUCACCGUUGCCGUGGAAACACAGCCUGGCCUUAUUGAACUCUUCCUUAACCUGGAGGACAAAGAUGGCAGUGAGGGUUCGAAGGAGUUUCUUUUGGGUGAGUGGAGCUGUCUUCACGUAGUGUUGGACCUGAUUGACUCCAAACAGCAGGGGAAGUACUGGUGUCCCCCCCUGCUCCACAGAGCUGCUCUGGCCUUCCUCCUCGCCCUCUGGCAAGAUCGUAGAGAUAGUGCCAUCUCUGUCUUACGCAAAAAAGAGAAAUUUUGGGAAAAUUUGACGACACCUCUCUUUGGAACCCUCACUCCACCGUCAGAGACUGCAGAGCCUUGUGUUCUGGAGACCUGUGCUUUUGUCAUGAAAAUCCUCGGUCUGGAGAUCUACUAUGUUGUCAGUGGCUCCUUGGAGCAGUCUCUGAAGGAUGGUCUCCAGAAGUUCUCCAAUGGACGACGCUAUGAGUACUGGUCCCAGUACGUGAAGUCUCUGGUUUGUCAUGUGGCAGAGACUGAAGAAGAUGGCAUCUCCUACUUCGCUGAGGCCCAGUUAUUGAUCUCUGCCUGGAGGAUGCUGCUGAUUCUUUCCACUACUCAUUCUGAUGUGAUGCAUGUGACAGAAGACUCCACCAAGCUGAAGCUUUUCAUGGAUGUCCUGGAUGGAACUAAAGCUGCUUUGACGACACCCACGUCUGUGCCUUGUCUACGCCUUGGAUCCAUGAUGGCCACACUGCUGCUCAUCCUCCUUAAACAGUGGAAAAGUGUGGUAGCUACAGCUCCUGAUAUCCUCUGUCCCCUCUCCCUGAUCCUGGAGUGUGUCCUACAAGCUGACCAGCAGAUGAUGGAAAGGACCAAAGCCAAGAUCUUCUCUGCCCUUAUUUCUGUGCUGCAGAUUCAAGGGCUUAACGGUGGUGAGAUUUCCCAGCUGCCUCAGCUGUUACUGUCUGUGUGUGAGACGGUGAAAGAUGAGGCCCUGGCACUUAUAGACAAUACUCGCCACAUGAACCAAAUGGGAGACACAGUGGAGGAUGAGGACAGCAUGGAGACGGACUCUCCCCGAGGACAGCAGAAGGACCAGAGAGAUGGAGUCUGCGUUCUUGCGCUGCACUUGGCGAAGGAGCUGUGUCGCAGUGAUGAGGAUGGUGAGCACUGGGUUUCAGUGAUGAGGAAUGUUCCGGUCCUGCCGUCAGUCCUCAGCGCCGUGGAGCUCAGCCUACGUUCAAAACACAACCUUUACUUCACUGAGGCUGCCCUCCACCUGCUGCUCACACUGGCCCGCACGCCUCAGGGGGCAGCAGCUGUUGCUGGAGCAGGAGUUAUUCAGACCAUUUGCCUCCCACUUCUGAGUGUGUAUGAAGUGUCUUCAAAUGGGACAUCGCAGGGUUUCUCCCGGAAGUCCCAGGACUCUGCCUGCUGGCCAGGUGUCUACCGUCUCUGCAUGUCUUUAAUGGAGAGUCUGCUCAAGACUCUGCGCUACAACUUCAUCAAUGAAGCCCUGGACUUCGUUGGGGUACAUCAAGAACGUAUCCUACAGUGUCUCAACGCAGUCCGAACUGUACAGAGCCUCGCAUGUUUGGACGAGGCGGACCACACCGUUGGCUUCCUGUUGCAGCUCUCCAGCUUCUGUAAGGAGUGGCAGUUUCACCUGCCCAAACUGCUCCGAGACAUACAGGUAAACCUUUGUUAUCUGUGCCAGACCUGCACGUAUCUACUUCACAGCAAGAAGAUGCUCCACCACUACCUACAGGCGAAAAAUGGUGAGACGUUACCCCCAGCGGCCCUCCCCAAGACAAACCGGCCCCCUCAGACUCCAUCUAAAGAGGCUGCCAGUGGAGGAGAGAGGGAGGAGGUGGAGCAGAAGGCGCUGUUGGCCGUGCAGUGCAGUCUGCUCAAGAUCCUCAGCAAAACUCUGGCAACUCUGCAGCACUUCACCCCAGACUGCUGCCAGAUCCUCCUGGACCAGUGUAUGGACCUGGCAGAAUACCGGACCCUGUUCGUGCUCAGCUUCACCACUCCAGCGUUCGACCCUGACGUGGCUCCUUCAUUUGGGACUCUGCUGGCCACCAUCAACGUGGCCCUGAGCAUGUUGAGCGAGAUGGAGAAGAAGAAAGAGCCGGUGUCUUUGAGUAUCGUCUCAUUGGCUUCAUCAGAGGAGAUUCAAGCUCUUAAGUCUUUGUUGAUAUUUACCAUGGAGAACUGUUUCUACGUGCUGAUCUCUCAGGCUGUCCGCUGUCUCAAAGAUCCCACCAUCCUGCCCCGAGACAAACAGCGGCUCAAACAGGAGCUCAGCUCUGAACUGAGCACGCUUCUGUCCAGUCUGUCCAGACACUUCCGCAGAGGCUCGCCGUCAUCUCCAGCUAGUGGCAUCCUCCCCUCCACCCAGUCCAAACCUCCCACCCCGGGCUCCAAGGAGGGCCAGGAGCCGUUCAUCCAGCUGGUUCAGGCCUUUGUCAGACUUGUGCAGAGAUAAAACUUCAGAAUGAGAGAUAAAGGUUUUUGUUUCUUUAUAAAAUCACUUUUUUUUUUUUACCUCCAGUAGUGCAAUUAGAGGAAAAAAAACCUUUGUGAUGUUAAACCUCAUUUUAAAUGCAAGAGUUAAACAGCACAGACCUGGGAUCUGGUGAAGGUUUUUCUGACUAAUGUUUCAGAGUCAGUAGUGCCAGACUUGUGAUAAAACAUAAUGUGCCAAAACAGCUGUUCAAACAAACAACAGAUGGCACUGCUGUAACCAAAGUGUUUACGUCAGAAAGACCAGUGUCUUUACAAACUAAACACAGCUUGUUGAUUGUGUCUUUGGCCAAAAAAAA